AUCCGGGAGACCUCCCGGCUAGCCCUGGAGAUUUUCCGGGAGACCUCCCGGUUUGCCCGGGAACCGUCUGUGGAACUCCUGGAACAGGCCCUGGAGCUGGAUGGCAGCAAUGAGAAAGGCCUCUUCCGGCGUGGUGAAGCCCAGCUGGCUGUCAAUGACUUUGAGUUAGCCAGAGCAGAUUUCCAGAAGGUGCUGCAGCUCUACCCAAGCAACAAGGCAGCGAAAGCACAGCUAGUGAUCUGCCAGCAAAAAAUACGUGAGCAGCAUGAGAGAGAAAAGAAGAUGUAUGCCAACAUGUUUCAGAGACUUGCAGAUAAAGAAACCAAGCUGGAAGCUGACGCAGUCUGCAAGGAAGACCCCAACAUGAAAGAUGACAAACAGAAUGGAGUUGAUGACAAAACAGAUGUCGAUGUAGAAGCUUGAGGCCAAGAUCCUCUUCCAUUAGUUUUGUAAAACUAAAGAGUUUCCAGUACACUAGACCUUUAUUUUUCUAUCUGCUUGGACAAGGGGCAGAGACAGUGGCAUCACUUUGUGUCUGUCUGUGUAGGAAAUAUUGUUGGCAGAACAGACCUGGUGUCAUCUUAGGGACUUUUAUUUAUUCGUUUUUGCAUUCUGACUCUGUGGGAGUUCUCUCAGGAUCUCUCCCUCCUUGAGUCCAUUUCCUUCUUACUAGUCCUUCUCUCUCGAGCUCGGGUUCCAUCUCAGUCUGAUCUCAAUCCUGCUGCUUCAGUCUGUUCCCUUGACCUUUUUUU